AUGGGAAGACGAGGUUUGCGAUGCGUGGACGUCAAGCAGUAUAGCCAGAAUCGAGAUAACCACCAGGCUGCUGCCGGAUGGCUUGCUGGUAAGCUGCGGACGCUAGACACAGAUGCACCCGUGGAGGGCACCGGCGCGGUGAAAGCACUCCGGGAGCUGAGCUUCACGCUCCCCGGGAGCCUGGAGGUGCAAACUUGCGCCAAGGUGACGGCGCUUCUUCGUUCGGAAGAAGGGCAUUGCUGCGGCUGCGUCUACACGCAGAGUGGAGUCGAGGUAAGCGUGCAGGGCCAAGUGCUGCUUUGUGCCGGUGGCUUCUUGGGCGACGCCUCUGCAGAGGGCUGGCUGGCGUUCGCACGGCCGGAUCUGCGCCAUUUACCUCUGCUUCUGGGAGCCGCCGCACCGGCACCGAGCUCUUUAGCUCUGGCAUCGGCUCUUGGCGCCGGCGCCCGAGAUCUCCAAUCUGUGCGGCUCCAUCCCACGGCCCAGGCUACCCAUGGCCGUCUCCGCCGUGCACUGGCACAGCCUGGCCUGAUCGUGGAUGCCAAGGGCCAGGUAGUCGACGGCGAUCGUGGGGAGGACGAGGUGGCCAGCGAGAUGCUUCAACGCCCAGGCCCCUGUCGACUCCUUGGUCGCGGGCCCGGACCCCCGACUGCUGCGCGCCAAAGCCUCGCCGUGCUGGCGCAGGACAUGGAGGUGUCUGCCACCUCGCUUGGAGAAGCCCUCCGACAAUGUGGGGUGAUGGAUGACGUGGACACGAUGGGCGAAGGCUAUGCACCGUCCUCCUCGUCCACCUCAGUCGCUACUCCGCGGCUGGAUCGGCCCUGCUGGGUGACCGAUGUUACGCCGGCGCUUCUCUGCUGUGACGGCGGCCUUGCGGUGGAAGGAGAUUCCGGCGCAGUGUUGAACAGCGAGGGUUCGACGAUCCGGGGCCUCUUUGCCGCCGGUGAGGCCGUAGCUAACCGGUGCGCUGCCUCGCCGUUUCUUUCCUGUGUUGCAUCUGCGCUGAGGGCUGCAGAGGCUGCUAGUAAAGCGAGUCGGCUUGGCAGCACGACUUGGAAGCCGGUCGCGCCGGCCUUGCCUUGCAAGGCAGCCACACCGCCGGCACCGACGGAGGACAGCAGCAUCGCGGGGCAGAUGGUGCAACAGCGUCUGCGUGAGCUGCUGUCCAAGCACCUCACCGUCGACGUCCUUCAGGGCGUGCUUGCCAGGGCACACGAGAAGGACGGCUCCCUCGCCGCAGCCAGCGACGAGCUUCUCGCGGAGCUGCUCCCGGCUUUGGAGAUACCAACCACCUCCCAGGUGCUGCAGAUGUCCAUCAAGGAUCCGGGUGGUCUUCCCACUCGAACGAUGCAGACGGAUCUUCCGCAGGACGGCGAGUCUCUGCCGCGAGAGGUGAACGCCAGUUGCGUGCAUUGCCGGCUGCCACUGAAGCUGCAGGUGUCUGCUUGGAAGGUCGCAGGGGGAUCCACCGAGCCGGCGAAGACGAACGGCCAUGGUCCAGGCCGCUGUGCCUACGCCACUCUCCUUUAUGGAAGUGGGGUGGAAUACUUCCUCGGGGCUUUGGUCUUGGGUUGGUCGUUGCGGGCACGCGGAUGCGAAGCCGAGCGUCUGUUGCUGCACACGGAGGAUGUUCCUCUGCCGUUCCUUGAGGCUCUGGAGAAAGUUUGGCUCCUGCGGCAGGUGGAUUACCUUCACGGCGACAAGGCGAUGUUCUACAACUGGGACGAGUCUCGAUUUCAGGACGUCUUCACCAAGCUCCAAGCGCUGAGCUGCACUGAUUUCGACAAGGUCUUGAUGAUGGAUCUUGACAUGCUUGUUCGCGGCAACCUGGACGAACUGUUCUACCUUCGUGCCCCGGCUGCUUUGAAACGCUGCUCUGGCGGCGAGCAGCCCGAGCACGGUGGGGAUUUUAACUCAGAGGAUCUUUGGUCCAAGCAGUGUGACAGCAUGUGUUCCGGGAUCAAUGCAGGGGUAAUGUUGCUGGAGCCGAACCAGGACGUGUACGAUCGCAUGGUCAAGGAGAUACAGGAUCCCAACAACCCUGAGCAUCUUGGCACGCUGGGGCCGGAGCAAGACUACCUGGCUCGCUUUUACAGCACUUUCGGCUGCGGUUCGUGGACCCACUUGCAUGCCAAGUUUAACUACCAGCCGAAUCUCCCCAACGACUACAUCGGUUCAGCCCACCGGGCCUUGGACGUUGUCGAUGACGUGGUCGUAGCGCACUUCAGUGGAGGGAGGGUGAAGCCCUGGAAAGUUCCCGGGCUCAGGCUCGACGCCAGUGGCGUCAGACGCCUCGUCGAGGACGAAACUCUUGAGGAGCAGAUGGGAGCCCAGGUCCCUCGUUCAUCUGGGGUCAUGGUUAUGGACGGCGUCGAGGUUCCAGCCGGCGACCGCAACACACCGCUGCCGCAGCCCGUGCGUCGGGUCAUGUGGGAGUGGAUUGUAGCGCUCCGGCAGUGCAACGCAGAUAUGCUUGAGGAUGGCAUCGACAUCUUGUUCCUCAUCGAGCAAUGUGAGUCGGUGAGCGCCACCCGAGGAAAGAAGCCAUAUCUGGCUAAGCGUAGGUAG